UCUCCACUGUCGCCACACUUCACUACGACAGAAGUCACCACUGCAGCAGAGCAGAGGCCCACGGAGGGAAUGGAAGACUGCCUCAUAUGACUCAGGGGACGAGGAGCCCACGACCCAGUCUGACCGCAGUGAGGGGAUUCAGGGCACUCUGAAGACCCUGAUCAGCAAGCUUGAUGACCUCGGCACGUGUAACGACCUAAUCGCCAAGCACGGGGCGGCCCUGCAGCGCUCUCUGAGUGAACUCGAGGCGCUGAGAGUCCCCGUGGAGGGAGGAGAGAAGGUCAAGGGCGUCAACGAGCGAGCCACCCUCUUCCGCAUCACCUCGAAUGCUAUGAUCAAUGCGUGUCGGGACUUCCUGGACCUAGCGGAGACCCACAGCAGGAGAUGGCAGCGGGCGCUGCAGUAUGAGAGAGAGCAGCGUAUUCACCUGGAGGAGACCAUAGAGCAGCUAGCCAAGCAGCACAACAGUCUGGAGAGAGCCUGGAGAGAGGCCCCCACACUGUCUGCCAACACGCCCAGCGCCCCCACCACAGAGAAGGGGAGUGAGAGGCUGCAGAAAGGGGAGGCGAGUGAUGAAGAUGAGGAUACAGAAUACUUUGACGCCAUGGAGGACUCCCCUGCCUUUAUCACAGUGACCGCCACUGAGAACACACAGCACAGGUCAGUCUCACCCUAUGGCCUCAGCUCAAUAAACCACCAGCGCUAA